CAAUGACGUAUACUCUACGUCAUCAAACCUUUCCCGCGCGCGGGUUCUCCCCGGGGAAGACGAAGGCCCACCGCCAUCUUGGGCGUCGCCGCUCCGACGACACGCGACCCGACCGCCGAGCCGGUUCGCUUGCUCGGACGGGCGGAUGGGGAUCUGUCCCCCAGGCCGUUGAGAUGAAGCAGGCGGGCAGUGCGCUUGUGACGGGAGAGGCCGAAGGUCCGAAUCAGAAGGUCUUUGAAAGCUGGGUACUUAUCUUUCUCCGGAGGAGACUGGAUGAAGUCUCCAACCUGGGCGUCUGUCUCCUGGUCCAGAGAGCUGACCACAUGGUAGUACUUUGUGGAGUCGGAGGUGAUCUGCUGAAGGUGGAACUGUGCUUCGGCCUGGUCGAACCAGACGCUGGGACAAAGCGUCCAAAAGGUCCUGCCAUUCACUUGCAAAGGAAGCUGGAGCACCCGGAGGAAACCCACGGAGUCACAGGGAAAAUCGUGAAAACUCCUGCGCAAGCACUCGAGGUCAGGAUUGAACCUGGGUCUCUGGAGCUGUGAGUAAGCAGCUCUACCUGCUGUGCCACUAUGCCACCCCUAAAGCCACCACCUUCUUCUCAAUGAAAUGGCUGACUCCUUACUUGAGACAUAUUUUGCCCAGGGAUAUUUCAUCCCCACAUCUACCCUGUCACGCACCCGGUAAUGGAAUCAGGAUCAGGUGUCGCUCUGUCAAAUGAAAGUGUUAUGUGUGGAGUUUGCCGUAACCAGCUGAAGAGACCCAAGCUGCUUCCAUGCUUGCACAGUGUCUGCCUGGAGUGCCUACAGAAUGUGUGGGCAGAGCAGAACUUUGCCACCUGUCCCAUCUGCGGUGCCCCCUCAGACAGGGAUAUCGCCAAGAUACAAGACAACACACUCAUGGCCUAUUUGGUGAGCACACUACAGCUGUGGCAGAGGAUUGGUACUGGGCUGGGCAUCUGCUGCAGCCUUUGCCAGGCACAUGGCACUGAGGAGCCCGCCACUUCCCUCUGCUUUGAGUGCGAUCAGUUCCUGUGCCCGAGAUGCUGCCAUGGCCACCAGCUGUUGAUUAAGAAGUACGGACACCCCGUGAUGUCCUUCGAUGACCUGAAGGUGCUCAGCUGUGAGGAGUUUGCCGGCAUUGGAAGGAACAAGAAGCAGACCAUUUGUCCGGAACACAAGGAGCAACAGAUCAGUUUUUUCUGCAAGACGUGUUCUACCGGCGUUUGCUGCAACUGUCUGUUGCUUCAUCAUACUCCCAAAGGUCACAAUUAUCACAGCAUUAAGGAGGAGGUGAUGCUGGAGGGAGAAGUAUUGAAACAAAUGGUGGACACGACACAGGGAAGUUUCAAUAGAUUUACUGCCAGCAACUCAGAAGUGAUGUCCCUGAAAGAAAGAAUGGACUUGGCGAGAAAUGAAAUCGAAGCUUCAAUCAAACGACGGGCUUCUGCCAUCACGCAGGAAAUCGUUAGCCAAGGAGACAGGUUGUUGAGGGAGCUGGAGACUGAGCACAGGCUGGAACAGACCACACUGGCCAACAGCCUGACUCAAACACAGCAACUAAUUAAAAGGAUGAGAGCCGGGCACGAGCUGGCAGCCAUUAUACUGAUGUUUGGCAUUAACAAGGAGAUGAUGGAGAUGUAUGAGCCAAUCAUGUCAGCCCUGACUGCUCUGAAGGAGGCAACGCCCUUAGACUUGAGCAGGGAGGUCAUUUUGAUGCAAUUCAAGGAAUGCGCUCUGGAAGCAAAGGAUCUGCUCGGUACUUUAGUCCUUAAGAAAGAGCAGAGAGAGAGUGUGGAAGACCCAGGAACUGAGGGGGCUCUUCAAAAUGCUCCAGAAGAACUACAAGCUGAAGAUUCUUUUUCAGUGAAAGAGGAAAUUACAACAGAUGGCGAGCAACAGCACUGGCACACUGAACAUAACUACAGCAUGAAGUCCAGGACUCCCCAACUCCCCUCACCAAGCAGGACAGAGGAGGUCACCCUCAACAUUUCCAGCGAUGACUCCCAGCAGCCUCCUGCAGAGGAGACAAUAAAAUUAUCAUCGGGUGACAGCGAGGAAGAUGAUGACUCCCUCAUGAUUGUGGAACCCUCCAAGAUUUUGCCGGCGCAUCCCGAGACUUCCAAAGCUCCGACUGAUCACGGAGCAAGUGACGGUUCCAGUCAGAUGAACGGGGACUGGUACCGGGAGGGGUCGUCAGGAGUGCAGAGUCAGAAGCUGCGAGGUCAUCCACUGGUGUUCUUCCAGAUCCAGACCACAUACAUGGUAGGAGGUGAAGACAUUGUGCAGCUGUCAGCCGUGAGUGGUGAGAAGAUCUUCAACAAGUACAUCCUGCCUAGCAAGCGCACCUUGGACGGCAUGCCUACUGCUAGUGGAUUUCAGGUGGUGGAUGGUGUCCUGUACCUGCGAGGGGAACCCCAGAUGGCCUGCAGCCUCCAGGACGCUAUGGACUCUUUCCUCCACUUCCUGCAGCAGCUGGAUUUUCCCCUGUUGGCUGGUCACCACAUCUGGACCCAUGACUGUCAAAUUCUCUGCAAAGCUUGGGAAGGACUGUUCAUGAAAGACCGCUUUGCCCAAUGUAUGUCGGGAUUCCUGGAUACUCUUUGGCUGGCCAAGAAAGUUCUCCACAAGUCACAGGUCAAUAACUUCGGGCUGAAGCAUUUAGUGGGGGCCUUGGUUGGUGAGCUGGUUGUUCCCGACGUGCAGGCCCUGCAGAAACUGUACUCCGUCUUGAAGCCAACUCUGCAGCAGGCAGAAGACAGCCAGUUCACUCUGUCCCAGCUGGAAUGCCGCAGAUCCCUGCAGCCUCUCCUCAAGCAGAAAGUCGUUUCUCUCCUGAUUGCAGACAAACUUGCCUUUGAAGGAAUCAGUCUGAACAUCUUGGAGUUGGCCCACCAGAGUGACCGGAAAACGGGCCUGAGAAACCUGGUCCGAGGCAGCCGGAACCUGGGGUUAUCGAACACCCAGAAGAUCACCAGGGCCAUCGGCUCCUUCUUACAGAACCAGAAGCGCAGGAGACGACAGUCCAAGCAGGCACAGCAGGGGAUGGAGGCAAAGAAUAAAUCGAAGACCAGUUAGCCAGGGACUGGGCAAGUGUAACGUGUGUCAGACAAUCUUUGGAACGCAGCCCGCCAAUCAUUUGUGACGGGCAUGAUAUUUUAUAAAGAAAUGCAGUGUAUAAGGCAUACUGACAACUUGCAAGGAACUGCAGGUAGGAUGGGGGACAGAUUCCUCUGAGAGAUCGCCAGGGUGAAUGGUUCUUUAAUCAACUGGAAUUAAAAACCACUGUGUAUGAGCUGAAGUAAAAGGGAUCAAUGUACCAGAAGGUAUAGAGAUUAAUAUUUUUGUGGUAUUUGUAGGUACAUUGAGCUGUCCUCCUUUUGUGAGCUGUGACCAGUUUUACCUCACCUCAGUGGAUUCAGGCCAAAUUCAGGGGGUAGAUACAAAUCAGAGGGGAGGGGAGUUUACCUGCCUACGAACCAUUCCCUGAGCUUCCUGCCGUGCAGCCAGUGUUGAAUCCGAUUCAUCUUUGGAUCCCGUGGACUUUUAUUGCUGUGUUGGACUUUGUCAAAAGCCUCGCUAAAGUCCAGGUAAACUGCUCUAAUCAACCCCCAUUACCCCAAAGGAUUCAACUGUUAGUCGAACAUAAACUUCUGCACUGACCAUCUGUGCCUUUCCAACUGAAGACAUACAGAGUUGUGGUGUGUAGGACCUUCAGUGCACCCUGACCAUUGCACCUAUCUAUACCAGUACCACUUAGCCACCGUUCUUUACUCUCCUGAAAAAUGGAUUCCUAUAAUUUUCCCACCACUGAAGUUCAACUAACUGGCCUGCAAUUACUCAGUUUACCAUUUCCUGCCUUUUUAGAAAAUAGUACAAAUUUAGUCAUCCUCCCAUCCUCUGGCACCACCUCUGUUGCCAGGGAGGGCUGAAAAACUCUGAUCAGAGCUCCUGCAUUUUCCUCCCUUGCUUCUUUUAGCAGCCUGGGAUAUAUUUCAUUGGGGCCUGGUGAUUUAUCUAUUUUAAGCUAUAUCCCCUUCAUACUUUAUUUAUCCCAUCCAAUAUUUCACAUCUGUUUGCCUCAAUCACAUCAGCACCUCUUUUCAAAGACAAUCACAAAAUGUGAAUAACCUUAUCCGUCAUAGGGCAUGGUAGUGUAAUGGUUAGCGUAACGCUAUUACAGCGCCAGUGACCCAGGUUCAAUUCCGGCCACUGUCUGUAAGGGGUUUAUACAUUCUCCCCGUGACUGCGUGGGUUUCCUCCAGGUGCUCUGAUUUCCUCCCACAUUCCAAAGAUGUACAAGUUAGGAAGUUGUGGGCAUGCCAUGUUGGCACUUGCGGGCUGCCCCCAGAACACUCUAUGCAAAAGAUGCAUUUCACUGUGUGUUUCAAUGUACAUGUGACUAAUAAAGAUAUCUCCCCACGUUGGUCCCUCAUUAGUCCUACCCUUUCCUUUGUAGUUCUUUUGCUUUUCUAUACUGAUUGUUAGGGAUUAUCCUGGAGUUAUCAAAUUAUGGAUAUUAAUUAAAAUGAGAACCAGUCGUCAGGAAAUAAUAUGUUUACAAUUCAACUUUAACUGAUGCUUUGGGGUCAUUGAAACCAAUCAUUGGGUGUGGGACAUUCUGACUCUGUCCCAUUGAAACUAUGCAGGGGCAGACAAUAGAUGAAUGUUCAUGAUAAUUGGUCGUUAUUGAAAACUUCAGGGAAGGUAUUAAGUGGCCCUCUCCUGUAUCAGCACAUUGUUAAAGGCAUAUCCCUGCCACUUAACUCACAGUUCAGGACAGGAGGUCUGCUUUGAAACUUAAUAUUCUGGCCAGUUGUAUAUUCAGGGAGCCGUCCCUCAACACUGAAACAAAAGAGAUAUAUUUUGGGUGUCUUGAGUUUGUGCUCAGAGGCUUUUGUACCAGCCUCCAGUGUUGAAUAUUCAGAGAGAUUCUAUGAGUUGGGAUGUGCUCCCAUUGUAAAUAUGUAAUUCUGCAAGAGAAAUAAAGGACUGCGGAUGCUGGAAUCUAGAUGAAAAACACGACGACGCUGGAGGAACUCAGCAGGCCAGGCAGCAUCCACGUAGAAAAGCAGGCGGUCAAUGUUUCGGAUCAGGACCCUUCUUCAGGACUGAAGAUAGGAAAAAGGGAAGCCUGAUAUAUAGGAGGGAAAAGCAGAGCAGUGAUAGGUGGACAAAAGAGGGGAGGCAGGGUGGGCACAGGGUGGUGAUAGGUAGAUGCAGG